AAAAAGUUUCCAACUUUCCACUGCGAUGCUUCUUCAUCUAUGAAGAUCGGGGGAAAAUGUGAAAUGGCUCAUCAUCAUGGAUGAUCCAUAAUAAAAAACGAAUAAUGAAUAAUCAUGUUGAAUAAUUGAAUCAGAAAAAAGAAAGAAAGAGAGAAAAAUUCAAAAGAAGAAGAAGAAGAAGAAAGCAACGCUGCAUCAGCAGCACCAUUAUUUUUUUUUUCCAUUUCCCCAAGUUGAACAGAGAAAAAGGGAAAGAUUGAGAAAGCGUUCGUCGUGAUGUCUUUCUUCUUCAAAGCCUCUCGGCCGAAAACGCCGCAGGAGGUGGCGAAGGCCAUCAAGGAGAGCCUCAUGGCCCUUGAUACCAAAACCGUUGCUGAAGUUAAAGCCCUUGAGAAGGCUUUAGAGGAAGUUGAAAAGAAUUUUGCAACGAUGAGAACCAUGCUUUCUGGAGAUGGAGAGUCAGAACCAAAUCUGGAACAGGUUUCACAGCUAGUGGAGGAACUCUGCAAGGAGGAUGUUCUGACUCUUAUAAUUCACAAGCUUCCUACACUUGGAUGGGAAGCAAGAAAGGAUUUAGUUCAUUGUUGGACAAUAUUAUUGAAACAUAAGGUUGAUGACAAGCAUUGCUGCGUAGAAUACGUUGAACAACACCUUGAAUUGCUAGACUUUCUUGUUGUAUGUUAUGAUAAUAAAGAAAUUGCCUUGACAUGUGGCACAAUGUUGAGGGAGUGCAUCAAGUUUCAAACACUUGCAAAGUACAUAUUGGAAUCUGCAACCUUUGUGUUGUUCUUUAAAUUUGUAGAGUUGCCUACGUUCGAUGUUGCAUCUGAUGCAUUUUCUACCUUUAAGGAUCUUCUCACUAAGCAUGCAAAUGUAGUAUAUCAAUUUUUGACAGCUCACUAUGAUGAGUUCUUUGAUCUAUACGAGAAACUCUUAACAUCACCUAAUUAUGUCACGAGGAGGCAGUCUUUAAAGCUUCUUUCGGAUUUUCUCUUGGAAGCUCCCAAUUCUCAAAUAAUGAGGCGAUACAUAUUAGAAGUUCGUUACCUGAAAGUCAUGAUGACUUUGUUGACGGAUUCAAGUAAAAACAUUCAAUUAUCAGCUUUCCACAUAUUCAAGGUUUUCGUUGCUAAUCCCAAUAAGCCUCAAGACAUAAAACUUAUCUUGGCGAAGAACCGGGAGAAGCUGGUAGAUCUGCUUCAGAAUCUGUCUCCGGGAAAAGGUGCAGAAGACGAGCAAUUUGAAGAGGAAAAGGAGUUUAUCAUCAAGGAAAUUGAAAAAAUAUCAGUCUAAUUUAAUACACCUCAGCAGUGUUUGAUUCUGUAACAAGAUUCUUUUUUACUUGUACAAAGCUAAUUUCAUGCAGUGAGCCAGUGACUAUUGCCAUUUGUGUGUGUGUUUUUUCUUCUUUUCUUCUUUCUUCUGUUUUUUCUGUGUCAUGCUCAUAACCUCUGUGAAGGUUUAUUGAGGUUGUAAACGUUGGCAACAAAGACAAGCAUUAAAAAAAAGCUAAAAGUGCAUUUUUGUAAAUAAAGCUGAAUAUAAAGUUUUAACGAGAAA